AUGGCGAAUUGCGACUACGCACGCGAUCAAGCGCACUUUGACAUAAAAGAUCUAUCCGAUUUUGAGUUCUACUCCCGGGAGUCUCUCGGCAGUAGCUUUGGGCACCAGGUCACCACGAAUUCCAUAUAUUUAAAUGCAUUAACUUUAAUGCAAACGACCAGAGAUAAGGAUCCUCGUUCUUUCUCGACUUUUACUUUCAGUCAUUUGGCGGUGGUGUCAGUCAUGAAUGGACUGAAAUCCAAAAAAUUGUUCAAGAAAAAAUGCAAAUGGGUGUUAAAUAGAUUUCUUGCCUGCAAUGGGUCAACCUUUAAAGAUCUUAAUCCCUCUCGUGAAAACCCUAAAAUUUCUUGGAAACCACGAUUGCCCUAUCUCCCGUACCGAAGAACGCUCAAAAUAGCAAACAGCAUGGCCGCGGAGCUUAAUAGCACGAACGAAGAGGGCAUAAGGAUCGUGCGUUCCAUGCCUGAAACUGGUAUAAUAAUCGCCUUUUGCGAAAAGUUCAAGUCUUUCAUGAAAGGAAUCGACUUUUGGCCGGAGGAAUUGGAGCGAGCGUUGGUUGAUCAAGGCGAGAAUGAUUUGAUAGAGCAAUUGCACUGCACCUUUUUGUCCAAUUGCUUAAAUCGAACGAAACAAGUCGCUCGACAGUCAUGGAGAAAAUUGUUGUCCGACACCAUUGAUCAAAAACUAAAAAAGAGUUACCAAUUUUAUCAAGAUUUUAAUCCUCUUCGUAGGGUAAAAAGUUAUUACGAACUGGAUGUCAAGGACAAGGUCUUAAUUUUGAAUAAUCUCAUAAAUUGGCAAUUACAAGAUAGUAAAGACAUUCGCAGGUUGAUAGAGGAGGAAUACAGGAAUGCCAAGAAAAAUCAAGAAAAUGCGUUAGAGGUAGAACCGUAUGGCGAAGAUCGAAGAGGUCGAAAGUAUUAUUAUUUUGGAAAAGGCGCAAGACUAUAUCGUGAGAAGGUUUUACACGGAAAAGGCAAUAAACCCGAUAAAUAUACAUUUGAAGCGAUAACAUCGACCAUCGAGGAUAUAGAAAAUUAUGUUAAAGAUCCCAAGGAGCUGAAGGCAUCGAUGAGAAAAGAUAAAAAACUUUAUAAUAAACUGGUGGGCGAGCUUAUACCCUCGAUCAAGGAAGCCAUUGAAGCAAAGGAACGAAGAGAUGCUAGAAGAUUACGUCAAGAGAAAUUUGCUCAGAAGGUGGCUCUGUUACACGCUAAUUCAGAGAUAGUUGCAAGCCGCACUCGCAGUGGUACAAGGAAAGCGCUUGGUCUAGAGCCCUAUCAGAGAUCCGCAUCAACGAUUUCCUCCGCCUCGUCUAACAAACCUGACGACGAAUACAGCUAUUCUUCCAGCACUCACAUGACAAGGGCAAAAUCAGUCCGUGAUUAUGUCAAACGAAAGUAUCUUGAAUCGUCAACUGAUGAUGAGGAAGAAAAUUCCCACUAUUCUGGAAGUCGUCGGUUAACUAGAUCUCGGACCAGCAAAAGGUCGAGAUCAUCGACAGUCGAAAUUAUUCGUCAGGAAACCGAUGACCUUGAUUCACUUUUGAACGGGGUUUCCAACUUAAAAACGGAAAACGGAAAAGAAAGCAACGGAGUCUCGUUGAGUCGGUCAGGAUCGAUAAGAUCAAAUGCGACUCACUCCACCGAUGCUACCGAAUUAUUUCGUGAAAAUUUUGGUCCCGAUUCGGAAACUUCGGUUUCAGAAAAAGUACCGGGUAGUGGCGAUUACAAAGAAGUUUUUGGUACCGAUUCAGGGAACGAGCUAUCCGAACCAUCAUCCUCCUCAGACGAAGAUGCACGUGACUCGGAUAGCGACUUCAAGCUAAACGAGGACGGUUCUGAGGCGGAGGAUGAGGCGUUACCUGAAAGCGACUAG